CACCCUCCAAUAAGCAAACAGAGUAGAUAGCAAAGGGAUAAUGUGGGAGACAACCAUGGCUUACUCACCCCUUCUUCCCAAACCCUAUUAUUACCAUUAUCAACAUCAAAGAUGUUUCAAGAUCAACCUUCCAAAAUGGACAAGAGCUUCCUCUGCUGCCCCUGGGGUCGACCUCAACACACUCCAAUCUGCCAUUUCCAAGAAAGACAGUGAUUCUGUUAAAGAGGCACUGAAUCAGCUAGGUGAAGUUGGUUGGGCAAAGAAAUGGAGUUCUCAGCCAUAUGUUUCACGUCGUACGACAUCACUGCGAGAGCUGACAAACCUAGGAAUAAAAAACGCAGAGAACCUUGCAAUUCCUAGUGUUAGAAACGAUGCAGCUUUUCUUUUCACUGUGGUUGGUACAACAGGAUUUUUUGCUGUUCUGGCCGGGCAGCUUCCCGGGGACUGGGGUUUUUUUGUUCCAUACUUGAUUGGGAGUAUUUCCUUAGUGGUUCUGGCUGUGGGUAGCAUAUCACCAGGGCUUCUCCAAGCUGCUAUUAGCAGCUUCUCAUCGUUUUUUCCUGAUUAUCAAGAGAGGAUUACCAGACAUGAAGCAGCUCACUUUUUGAUUGCUUAUCUCCUUGGCUUACCCAUUUUGGACUAUUCACUGGAUAUUGGGAAAGAACAUGUCAAUCUCAUUGAUGAGAGGCUUGAAAAGCUUAUCUAUAGCGGUCAGCUUGAUUCUAAAGAGCUAGAUAGAUUAGCUGUUGUAUCAAUGGCUGGACUGGCAGCAGAAGGUUUAACAUAUGACAAGGUGGUUGGUCAAUCUGCUGAUCUUUUCACUCUACAGAGAUUUAUUAACAGAACCAAGCCACCCCUCAGCAAAGAUCAGCAACAAAAUCUCACAAGAUGGGCUGUUCUGUUUGCUGCUUCCCUCUUGAAAAACAACAAGGUGCUUCAUGAAGCCUUGAUGGAAGCAAUGGCAAAGAAGGCAAGCGUAUUGGAGUGCAUUCAGACAAUUGAAAAUGCAGCAUAGUUCGACGUUAUACGGUUUCUGAGCGGAUACAUCAGUCUAUAGUGUAAACAAAAUUCGUGAAUUGCAAAUUACAAUUUUAAGCUGGUUCUUAUUCAUAAUAAUCGUGCAUUCAACUUCCCAUUUCUUUUUGACACACAUCAGAGGUUUUGAAUGAUAUAUAUACCCCAUGCUAAUAAAACCACAUUUCAUUUCA